CACUAUUUGACAAGUUUAACAUGAGACGACAAAAAAGAAAAGUGUAAGAGUAUGGUAUUUGAUGAGUCUAUAUAGUUCGCUUCAACAAUCAGCAACUCUUCUUGUUCUUGAAGUACAUUUCUUGGUUUUUCUUCUUCUUCACGUUUUCUGUGAGUUGAAAGCUUCUUUUCAGAUAAAAGUAUCCGCACGCAUCUAAGUUUCAUUGUAUUUCUGGGAUUGAAUGCUUUCGUAUGCCUGAAUUUUGUGGACAGAUCAAAGUUCGAGUCUUGCCAUGGCAAAGAGUUCAUUCCAGCUUGAUCAUCCUUUGGAGAGAAGGCAGGCAGAAUCUAGUCGUAUUCGGGAGAAGUAUCCUGAUAGAAUCCCAGUGAUUGUUGAGAAAGCAGAAAGGAGUGACAUUCCUGAUAUUGAUAAGAAAAAAUACCUUGUCCCAGCUGACCUGACCGUUGGGCAGUUUGUGUAUGUGGUCCGAAAGAGGAUCAAGCUUGGUGCUGAGAAGGCUAUAUUUGUAUUUGUCAAGAACACGCUUCCACCAACUGCUGCUAUGAUGUCUGGAAUUUAUGAGGAGAACAAGGAUGAAGAUGGAUUCCUUUAUAUGACUUAUAGUGGGGAGAACACCUUUGGGGGUGGGUGCAUUUAGUCCGAAAGUCCAAACAUGUAAAAAUUCUUAAAUUUGUACAUUCUUUGAUCUUACUCUGCAAACAAAUUUCACCACAUGGUCAUUAUUAAUCACACCUUCAACGAAAUGCCUUAAUAUUCUCAACUUCUCAAAAGUUGCAUUUUUGUUGGAGGGAUGAAAC